AUGUACGCAGUUUGGACGUUUUGCAGAGGACUUUACUUUCUCAGAUCUUCCAACGCAUUUCUACUCAUCGCCAUGGACUAUAACAUUGUUGAGAACAUUUACCUUCUGGCCAUCAUCACAGUGCUCAGCGUACUGCAGAAUGUGUUUUUGUCUCUCAAAGUGGAAAAGGGGUGCACGUCUCAGACCACUCACCCUGCUGCGAUUGAGAGACUCACCUGUGCAUACCGAAACUGCAUGGACUCCUACCCCACGUUUAUGGGAGUGAUGUGGUGCGCUGGAAUCUGUCUCAAUCAAGCCCCAGCUGCUUUUUCUGGUCUGCUGUACCUGGUCGUGCGGCAUAAGUACCUGAUUGGCUACAUGGGUCAGACCUCCCAAAGCAUGCCGGGCUUCCUGUUCGGGAAGCGGAUCCUGUUCUUCCUGGUUCUGAUGUGUCUGGUGGGAAUCCUAAACUACCUCCUCAUGCGCUUCUUUGGCAGCGACUACAAGGAGACCGUGGAGACCUUCACCAGCGCCGCCUCCACCCUGCUCCUCAUCCCAUAG